UCGUUGAGCCGAUAAAUACAUAAAAUCGAAGAAUUUAGUUUCUCUUCAGUGCUCGGCAGAGAAAUUAGAAAUUUACCCGGAGCGUCUUGUAUAAAAGAUUUUAUUCCAAGAAUCUGAAAACAAACAAAUUUCAUAAUGGAGAGUCAAAAGAAGUUUGAGAAGACCCCCUUGUUUGUUGCGAAGGGCGUUCUACUAGUCAUCAGUUUUAUGGCGGGAAUUUUAGGAGCUAUCUUCUGCAUCUGGAAAGAUAAUCAUUAUGGAACAACGAGUUUUCUCUUAUUGGAAAUGGUGACCGCUCUUCUUCUUCAGCUGAAUGUGAGGCACAUGAAAGGACAGCUCUUCGAACAUUAUAACCGAUCCAGAUUGAAAUUCUUGCUGAUAUUCGGGUGUUCGAUGUUUGUUGUGUCCUUUAUAUUCACAGUCUUUUUGCUUGUUAUGGGAAUUAAAUACGAAACAGAAUUCAAUUUUAUUUACAAUAACUCUUACUUUGCUUUCAUACCAUGCUUGGUGUCGAAUUUUUGGUAUAUUCUUCUGGUAUAUGAAAUUAGAAAUUUCAUGAAAAUGUAUGACGAAAUGCAUGGAGCGCCGAACAAUGUGAUAUAGAACGCUGGUAUACCGUAGUAUCUACUCAUCACACAACUUGCUGUAUAAAGAAUGCGAAGCUGCAUAAACUCAUGUAUCCUGCUCUCAUCCUGUUCUCAUUUUAAUUAAAAUAAGUUUUAUAGUUUAUGUAUUACGUAUGUAUGUAUUAUUAUGUAUUAUUUUGUAGUUUUGUUGUUAUGUAUUUUUAUGUCGUUCCUUUCUAAAACUUAGAACUGAAUCGUUAAAUAAAAAUAUUUUUCCAAUUUUUUUAUUAAUAAAAAUGAACUAUUGAAUUGAGUGUUACUAAUCUUCACUAACAUUUUAACUUAUCUAUAUUAACUAGCCUCCUUCGACGGCCAACUGGCUCGCCGGGAUUAAGGCCCGCUAAAAUUUUAAAUUAAACAUUUUAUGUAACUAAGUUUUUUAAGUAAUUGGCUUCUUCCUCAAAAUACUUUUAAGUUUUGAUAUUCAUAUAACUCAUACUAUUAUAAAAGCCUUUAACUAUUCUGUUCAUUGUUCUAUGUAUCUCCGAUUUUCGAUGAGUUCCCCUAGAAUUUGCACUUUAAACAAAAGUGGAGGUGAUCAAAUUUCCCCUAAUACAAAAAUAUAUUUUUCUGAAACUAAGCAUGUAUUUUUAAAAAUUUGA